CCACAUCCUCCCAGCCCGACUACGAGAGGAGGGGCAGCCUCCUCCACGCCACACACCACCACUCCUCACCGCACGCACGCACGCCUGAGCCGAUCGAGCAGACGCGCGCGAGCCCCGCACACCUCGCCGCGGGCCAUGGCCAUCUCAGCCGCCUCCAGCCUCGCGCUCCACGCGGCCCCGUCCGCCACCCGCCGCCGCAGCGUCGUCGCCUCGGCCUCGGCCGCGCGGUUCGACCGGCGCUCGGCCGUGCUCCUCCUGCUGUCGGCCGCGGGUGCCGGGUCGUCCUUGGCGGCGGUGGCGCCGGCCGCGAACGCCGCGGGCAGCAUCGGGCUGUUCGGCAUCCGGAAGAAGCUGGAGCGGGCGGAGGAGGCCGCGCGGGAGGUGGGCGAGGCGGCGGUGGAAGCCGUGGAGGCCGGCGGGGAGGCCGUGGCGGAGGCCGGCAAGGAGGUCGCCGGGGAGGGCAUGCAGCUGGCCGCCGAGGCGGGGCUCGCCGGCGACGCGCUCGUGCAGGCCGGCGUGGUCGCCGGCGCCGAGGCGCUCGGGGUCCUCGUCGGCUUGUCCGUAGUCAACGGCAUCCUCAAGCCCGAGGCCUAGAGAGCUUGGGCUCGGCACGUGAUGUUUUUGCUGGCCCAUCCGGUGUUUGGGUUUAGUGCUUACAGAAGGAACUGGCUAUCAUUAUUUGUUCAUGACUUUGUGGUGUGAUAUAUUUUAGUAUGAUUUUAUAGAGUGAUGGAUGCUCAUGGUUCAACUAUGUUAUGUACGGAGUAGUAUGCAACAAGAUCAUGCAAAUUGCUUUGUAGGGAA